CGGCUGGUACUUUCGCUUUCCUGAGCACAGUCUCCAGAGAGUCCCGGCUGCUGCCCGGAACGACGCCCCUCACACCCGGGACGGAGCCGAGGCGACCCGAGCGCCCGGGAGAGGCAGUAGCUCCCCGACCCCGCCCAGCCUGCCGGAUCGGGCGCGCCGAAAAGUUUUCGUUUACGCUGUGUCACUCCCAGAGGGCUGUCGAGGUUAGGCGCUAGCGCCCGGUGCAUGCAAACCCAACAGUCUUGGCAUCUGACGUGCUGUGUGUAGCUGCUGCUCGGGUUGAAUCCCCAGCCUUUCGCUGGGGCACAAGGUAGCAGGAUGUCCCAGUGGUAUGAACUUCAGCAGCUUGACUCCAAAUUCCUGGAGCAGGUUCACCAGCUCUAUGAUGACAGUUUCCCCAUGGAAAUCAGACAGUACCUGGCACAGUGGCUAGAAAAGCAAGACUGGGAGCAUGCCGCCAAUGACGUUUCAUUUGCCACCAUCCGUUUCCAUGACCUUCUAUCACAGCUGGAUGAUCAAUACAGUCGCUUUUCUUUGGAGAAUAAUUUUUUGUUGCAGCAUAACAUAAGGAAAAGCAAACGCAAUCUUCAGGAUAAUUUUCAAGAAGACCCAAUACAGAUGUCUAUGAUCAUUUGCAGCUGUCUGAAGGAGGAAAGGAAGAUCCUGGAAAAUGCUCAGAGAUUUAAUCAGGCUCAGUCGGGGAAUAUUCAGAGCACUGUGAUGUUAGACAAACAGAAGGAGCUUGACAGCAGAGUCAGAAAUGUGAAGGACAAGGUUAUGUGUAUAGAGCAGGAAAUCAAGACCCUCGAAGAUUUACAAGAUGAAUAUGACUUUAAAUGCAAAACCUCGCAGAACAGAGAGCAUGACGCCAAUGGUGUGGCGAAGAAUGAUCAGAAACAAGAACAGAUGUUGCUCCAGAAGAUGUAUUUAAUGCUUGACAAUAAGAGAAAGGAAGUAGUUCACAAAAUAAUAGAGUUGUUGAAUGUCACUGAACUUACCCAGAAAGCCCUGAUUAACGAUGAGCUGGUGGAGUGGAAGCGGAGACAGCAGAGUGCCUGCAUCGGGGGACCCCCGAACGCCUGCCUCGAUCAGCUGCAGAACUGGUUCACCAUAGUCGCGGAGAGUCUGCAGCAGGUUCGUCAGCAGCUUAAAAAGCUUGAGGAACUGGAGCAGAAGUACACCUACGAACACGACCCUAUCACGAAAAACAAGCAAGGGCUCUGGGACCGCACCUUCAGCCUCUUCCAGCAGCUCAUUCAGAACUCAUUUGUGGUGGAAAGACAGCCUUGUAUGCCAACGCAUCCUCAGAGGCCACUGGUCUUGAAGACUGGGGUGCAGUUCACGGUGAAGUUGAGACUGUUGGUGAAAUUGCAAGAGCUGAAUUAUAAUCUGAAAGUCAAAGUCUUAUUUGAUAAAGAUGUGAAUGAGAGAAAUACAGUAAAAGGAUUUAGAAAGUUCAACAUUUUGGGCACACAUACGAAAGUGAUGAACAUGGAGGAGUCCACCAAUGGGAGUCUGGCAGCAGAAUUCCGACACCUGCAACUGAAAGAACAGAAAAAUGCUGGCACCAGAACUAAUGAGGGCCCUCUCAUCGUUACUGAAGAGCUUCACUCACUUAGUUUUGAAACCCAGUUGUGUCAGCCUGGUUUGGUCAUUGACCUUGAGACGACCUCUCUGCCCGUUGUGGUGAUCUCCAACGUCAGCCAGCUCCCGAGCGGUUGGGCCUCCAUUCUGUGGUACAACAUGCUGGUGGCAGAACCCAGGAAUCUGUCCUUCUUCUUGAACCCACCUUGUGCACGAUGGUCUCAGCUUUCGGAGGUGCUGAGUUGGCAGUUUUCUUCUGUCACCAAAAGAGGUCUCAGUGUGGACCAGCUGAACAUGCUGGGAGAGAAACUUCUUGGUCCUAAUGCUGGCCCCGAUGGUCUCAUUCCGUGGACAAGGUUCUGUAAGGAAAAUAUAAACGAUAAAAAUUUCCCUUUCUGGCUUUGGAUUGAAAGCAUCCUUGAACUCAUUAAAAAACACCUGCUCUCUCUCUGGAACGAUGGGUGUAUCGUGGGCUUUAUCAGCAAGGAGCGAGAGCGUGCUCUGCUCAAGGACCAGCAGCCAGGCACGUUCCUGCUGCGCUUCAGUGAGAGCUGCCGCGAAGGGGCCAUCACGUUCACGUGGGUGGAGCGCUCCCAGAACGGAGGAGAGCCUUACUUUCAUGCGGUCGAACCCUACACGAAGAAAGAACUUUCUGCUGUUACUUUUCCUGAUAUCAUUCGCAAUUACAAAGUCAUGGCUGCUGAAAAUAUUCCAGAGAAUCCCCUGAAGUAUCUGUAUCCAAAUAUCGAUAAGGACCAUGCCUUCGGAAAGUAUUACUCCAGGCCCAAGGAAGCUCCAGAACCGAUGGAACUUGAUGGCCCUAAAGGAACUGGAUACAUCAAGACUGAAUUGAUUUCUGUAUCUGAAGUUCACCCUUCUCGACUUCAGACUACAGACAACCUUCUUCCCAUGUCUCCUGAGGAGUUUGACGAGGUGUCUCGCAUAGUGGGCUCUGUGGAAUUCGACAUGAUGAACGCAGUAUAGAGCAUGAAUUUUACUCAUCUUCCCUGGCGACAUUUUUCCCUCCCAUCUGUGAUCCCCUCCUGCUGCUCUGUUCCUUCACAUCCUGUGUUUCUAGGGAAAGGAAAGCAAGGCUGACAAAUUUGCUGCAACCUGUUGAUAGCAAGUGGAUUUUUCCCUCAUUCAGAAACAUCUGUUGCUCUGAAGGGCUUCAUGCAUCUUAUUAAAGGUAAAAUUGAGAGACCCUCUCCACAGAGUGGGUUUGACAAACGAACAACAUUCAGAUACACCCACAACCUCAGGACUAGAGUGCGAGUCCCUCGGGAAAGGGGAGAAGUUGAGCAGCGUGUGGCAAAUACUAUGCAUAAAGUCAGUGCCCAACGGUUAUGGGUUGUUGGAUAGAUGGCACAGUUAUUUAGGAAACUUCUUGAUGUAGGAUUGACAAAUUUCUGUUCUGGAGAAUUCUUACUUGUUCUCUCUGCUUGAAGUAUGGCUAUAAGUUUUCCACUAGUUUACCUAUGUGAAAUAGUUCAAAGCUAAGUUUACUUAGAAUUACAUCAACUCUUUUUCCAAAGGUAGCCAGCCUGUAUCUGGGCAGGGAAUAAAAGUUGUGUUCUUUAUUUUAUUACAUCUUCCGCCCUGGCCGUUUAAAGCUAAAGGCAAAUUCUCUCUCUUGAGAGAAUUAGCUUUUCUGUUUGUUAUGGGUUUAUGAUACUGGCUAAUAUCAAUAGAAGGAAGUACCUUUUCCAAAUUCAUGAGUAGUGUUUUCUCUUUAAACUUUAAUAUCCACAGCUGAAUAUAUUCGGCCUUCAACAUGGUCACUAGUAAAUGAAAUUGUCUUCACAGUUCUCUCAAGGGAGCCAGGCUAUUGACAACAGCUCUCUCAAGGCAAAUCCUCUUAUUUUCCAAAAAGUUGAAAUUAAUCAUAGAUGUAGGCAAACUCAAAUCUAAUUCAUGUUUUUUAAAUGGGUUAAUUUGUCUUUAUUGUUAUUAGCUGGUAUUUAGUCUAUUAGUGAUAAACUUUUCAAAUUGAGAAGAAAAAAUAGUAACCGACAAAUCAUUAACCAGAAAUAAUAUGAGAAUCAAUAAUCUGAAAACUUGGCUGUGUAACUGCAUUAAGAAUUGCAUAUUUUUCACUGAUAAAUGUGUUUCUCUGACAAAUACAUUUGCAAAUGAUUCCA